AUGGUCAUGGGAAUUUACUUACGAAGCGUGCAUCAUGACUGGCACGGGCUUAUCAAGGGUCUGCAAAAGGAUACUCAGUAUGCAAUUAUGCAAUGGAAGCAAGCCCAUGUGCUCUCCCGAGCUCAUGAGGUGACAUUACUGCCACGACAUUGCAACAUGGUCGACCGUCGCAAAGUGGGCGUGCUUGGUGGGGGCCAACUGGGCCGCAUGCUCAUCGAAGCCGCCAACCGACUCAACAUUCAAGUCAAUGUGCUAGACGCAGCAGCAACCCCAGCCAAGCAAAUCUCUGCACAUUCCGGCCACAUUGAAGGAUCCUUCAAAGAAGCUGGAGCUGUCAAGCAACUGGCGCAAUCAUGCGAUGUCGUCACCGUAGAAAUUGAGCACGUGGACACGCAGAUGCUCGAGGAGGUGGCUGGACAGGUUGUAGUCGAGCCGAGUUGGAAGACGCUACGAAUCAUCAAGGACAAGUUUGCGCAAAAGGCGUAUUUGAAAGAGCAUGGUGUGGAUGUUGCGGAUUCGGUUGAUCUUGAGGGCAAGGGCGUGGAGGGCUUGAAAGAGGUGGGGAGGCAGUAUGGAUAUCCGUAUAUGCUGAAGAGCAAGACAGAGGCGUAUGAUGGCAAGGGAAACUUUGUUGUCAAGAACGAGGGCGAUAUUGAAAAGGCAUUUGAGGCGCUGGGGAAGAGGCCGUUGUAUGCGGAGCGGUGGGCCGAGUUUAGGAUGGAGCUGGCGGUCAUGGUGGUCAAGACCAAGGACGGUGUACUAACCUUUCCCACUGUUGAGACGGUACACGAGGACAGCAUCUGCAAGCUCACAUACGCGCCUCCUCGUAAUGUGUCCCGGAACAUCUGCGGACAGGCUCAAGAUCUUGCGAAGAAGGCCAUUGGUGCAUUUGAAGGCAAGGGCGUCUUCGGCGUGGAAAUGUUCCUCCUCAAAGACGACCGCCUGCUCAUCAACGAGAUUGCCCCCCGCCCUCACAACUCAGGCCACUACACCAUCGAGGCAUGCCCCAUUAGCCAGUACGAUGCUCACCUGCGAGCCAUCCUCGAUCUCCCCAUCACCCAGGCCAGCCUGAGACUCAAAGAACCGGCUAUCAUGCUCAACAUCCUCGGCGGCUCCACCCCAGACUCCCACGUCCAAGUCGCCCACAAAGCCCUCGAAUCUCCCAACGCAAGCGUCCACCUUUACGGCAAAGGCGACGCCCGCCCCGGCCGCAAAAUGGGCCACAUCACCCUCACCGCACCCACCCUCGCCGCCGCCGAACACGAAAUCCAACCCCUCAUCGCCUUUGUCGACGCCCAAAAGGGCCUCCCCACCCCCAUCCCCUCCCCAUCCAAACAAGACCCCCUCGUCGCCAUAAUCAUGGGCUCAGACUCAGACCUCCCAAUCCUCCGCCCAGGCCUCGAACUCCUCACCACCCUCUCCAUCCCCUUCACCGUCCGCAUCACCUCCGCCCACCGCACCCCAGACUGGCUCCGCACCUUCUCCCAAACCGCAGCCUCAACCUCGCUCAAAGUCAUCGUCGGCGCCGCCGGCGGCGCCGCCCAUCUCCCCGGUAUGUGCGCCUCGUGGACGACACUACCCGUCGUCGGCCUGCCCAUCAAGGCCUCGCACAUGGACGGCUGGGACAGUCUGGUCAGUAUGACGCAGAUGCCGCGCGGCGAGCCCGUGGCUACCGUUGGUAUUAAUAAUAGUGUGAAUGCUGUGCUGCUGGCGGUGAGAAUUCUUGGGGCUGAGGAUUUGCAGAUCCGCGAGCGGUUGGGGGCGUGGAUGCGGGGGAAUGAGAGGGAGGUUUUGGGGAAGGAUGGGAGGUUGGUGGAGGGGGGGUGGGAGGCGUAUUUGAGGGGGAUGGGGAGGUGA